AUGGACAUUUUGAAAUGUGAAGCGACGUGCCCCCUCUGCCUGGAGUAUUUCACAGCCCGGGUGGUCACAGCCUGCGGGCACAAUUUCUGCUGCGCCUGCCUCAGCCGGUGCUGGGAGGGACCCGGCCCAGCCCUCCCCUGCCCACAGUGCAGGGCCCCGGUGCAGCAGGGCCCCCUCCGGCCCCACAGGCAGCGGGCCCCCAUCUGUGUGGGGGGCGGGGUGUGCGGGGCGCACCAGGAGGCGCUGAAGCUGUUCUGCGAGGAGGAUCAAGCCCCCAUCUGUGUGGUCUGCAGAGAGUCCCGGGUGCACCAAGCGCACACGGUGCUGCCCAUAACGGAGGCUGCCCAGGAGUACAAGGGGAAAAUCCAGGCUCAUUUGAAGACUCUGCGGGAAGAGAGAGAAAAGCUGCUGGGCUGGAAAGCGACGGGAGAGGGGAGAAGUCAGGAGUGUCUGAAACAGACACAAGCCGAGAGGCAGAAGAUUGUGGCCGAGUUUCAGCAGCUGCGGCAGUUCCUGGAAGAACAAGAGCGACUCCUGCUGGCCCAGCUGCAGAAGCUGGACGAGGAGAUUGGGAGGCUCCAGACUGACACUGUCAGGAAACUCUCUGCACAGAUUUCCCGUCUCAGCGAGCGGAUCAGUGAGCUGGAGGGGACGUGUCAGAAGCCAGCAAAUGAACUCCUGCAGGACAUCAGCAGCACCCUGAGCAACUGCUCUCGGGCUGGGAGAACUGGAGGAUUCGAACUCCAGGCCCAGCAGAGCAGCGACUCACUGGCCAGAGCUGGAGAACUGAGUCACUCGGUGCAGUGUCCCCAUGUGACGUUGUCUCUCCCCAGGUGUGAGACGGGGCCGUUCCAGCCGCCAGAGGAGAUUUCUCCUGAACUGGGCGAGCGAGUCAGGGGUUUCUCCCGGCAAACGACUGCGCUGUCGGAGACGCUGAGGCAGUUCACAGACACGCUGCCCGCUGCGCUGGAGAGAGCAAGAGGACCUUUUAGACAGGCGACGGUGACUCUGGAUCCAGACACGGCGAGUCCCCAGCUCCUCCUGUCUUGGGAUGAGAAACGUGUGAGCUGGGAAUCUCCGUGGGACUGGGUGCUCAGCAACCCGGAGAGAUUUGGCCUUGUGCCUUGUGUGCUGGGCCAUGAGGGGUUCACCUCGGGGAGACAUUGCUGGGAGGUGGAGGUGGGGGAUGGGCCAUACUGGGCUGUGGGGGUGGCCAGAGAGUCUCGGCAGUAA